CCCAUGGAUGUGCUCUUCGAGAUCUUCGGCCACCUUCGCCCUUUGGAUUUGCUGCAUCUGUCGCGCACCACCAAGGAGUUCAGGCGGGUGCUCCUACACCGCUCCUCUAUCUCUAUCUGGAAGUCGGCGCGCGAGAACGUACCGGAUCUUCCAGAAUGUCCAGCCUCCUUCAGUGAGCCCGCCUACGCCAACUUCGUCUUCGACACCCAUUGCUACGUCUGCCUGAGCCCCUACGUCCGAGCCAUCGAUUGGCGCCUCGGGAAGCGUAUAUGCAGCAAGUGUUCCAAAACCUCCCUUGUUAAAGCCUUAGUCUAUGGAGUCGAGUUCCGAGGGAACAACCUUAUACCGAGGACCUAUUCGAAGCGUGACGGGAUGAUCCUUUUCAAAGCAGAGCGAGAAACCAUCGAAAAGCGCCUGAAGGAACUUUCCGGCAAUGACAAGAAAGAAGAAUACAACGCGUUUGUCGCACAACGUAUGGCUUACCUCAAAGAUCUCGGAGAGCUUGCCCCUAAACUCGAGGACUGGGCCAUUGUUAAGGCCAAUAACAGGUCCGAAGAGCUUGACGAGGCGAGACGUGACAGAAAGCGGGCCAUUAUCGACAAGCUCACGGAGCUAGGCUGGGGCGAGGAGAUUGAAAGCAUACCACCGACGGACGAUAUGAGUCGUCUCAAGGCGGUCAAGCAACCAACACGCCUUACGCCUCGAAUCUGGGCGAAUAUCAAGGACGAGAUGAUCGCGUAUAUGGAGGAUAUGAAAAGUAAGCGUAUAGAACGCGAGCGAAAAGCGUUGGUCAUGUCCCGCAAACGACACGCCAUCACCGUUCUCCGGGAGUAUAAGGUAGCGCGUAUCCCCUUCAUCAAUGUGAUGCCGGAGGCUCCCGAUUUCUGCGCGUUCCCCGAGGUUGAUGCUAUCCUGGAACUUCCGAACGAGGUCGAGGUUACUCAAGCAUCGUUUGAUAAUAUUGUUUCCGACAUGGACACCCUCAUAGAGAGAUGGCGUGCCGCGAUUACCAGAAAACUCGCUGACGCCGCUGUUACAAUGAUUGGUGAACAGCAGUCGUCUAGCGAAGGCAUGGAUGUUGAUGAAUCUCAUCCGCUCCAUCUAGCCACUACCGUGUUCAAAUGCAAGCAGUGCCAUGGGUACCCCAUGUACGACGGAUGGGACUCUGACGAAGACGACUUUCCGAUGUUUGGGAUGCCACUGUAUACACCACGAAGGCGCCCGCUGCUGUACUAUCCGCAGGUCAUGGGCCACAAAUGUCUCACCCGACACCAGUCUCGGUGGGGCGAGUUCACGAAUGACCCCACCCAGCAACUGAGCGAUUCCAUGGAGACCAUGCGGGAGCCGUGGAGUGAAGGGCCGUUGCUUCUGGAUGACCAGGCCAGUACGGCGGUCCGCGACAUUGUCGAUCUGUGCGGCAUGGAUCCGCUUAACACUACGCCAGCACAGCUAGACGAGCUAGAUCCUAGGCUUGCUUGCCUGAGUUGCUUGAACUGGUCGAAUGAAGAAGAGAACAAGACAGAUGCUAAGGUGUUCGGAUGGCGAAAAGCGGUCCAACAUCAGGUUUCGGGACACUCCGGGCGGGGUCAGAUACUGGAUUGGAGGCUACUCGAGGGAGACGAACUUCGGACAUACCGGGAGAAGGAGGCUGAAGCACCUGCGUCAUCAUCUGAUGCUACACUGCCGGAGCCUCAAAGAAGCCAAGCCGUCUGGAAAUGCGUUCCCUGUCUCGACCAGAUCACCGAGAACACUCACACCCAUUCGAGCGUCAAGACACAUCUACAAUUCUCCCAUAGCAUUACCGAACCGGAGUUGAACCGUGACUAUAUGCAAAUGUACGGAAGUGACGCGGAACGGGCUGAGCUUCCCCGUAUUACACUGACCAUGGAUAGACCCGAUCAUGUAUUCAAACCUGGAGAAAAGGCAAUGUCCCGGCUCGAGAUGGACUUUUUCGACUGGUUCUCCCCCAUGCACGAUUUUGAUAUGCCCGAUUACGACAGCGACAACUACGACAGCGGCGAUUAUUGAGCGCUGGGUCAUGGGCUGUUACCACCUCACUCCUUCAUCAACUGCUCGAACACUGUAUCAAACCCUUUCUUCCUUCUUAAUUUAUCAUUCCUUCUUCAGGAUCUAAUUCUGUCAUUCAAACCGAAUGAUCUUUGUUCUCGCUCUAGCGCACUUCAUCUAUAACUUGC